CAACAGAUGAUGAAACCCACUUUGAUGCUUUGUAUUGUCGAGCUCCGCAAUCGUUCCAUGUUGCCGGAUAUGUUGGAGAACUGCGUCAGUGGUCUGUAAUGGUCAUCGUAUCGAAAUUCCGCUCACAGUUGUCCGUCAGUUCUUCAUAUGACGGCAACAGACGUGACAUUAGAAAACGCAAAGACCGCUUACACCCUCAUUUUGCUUUUUCCUUUCGAGAAUUUACGCUACCAGACCUAUAGGAAGUGGCCCACUUUCUUUAAUCACGCGUUUUCGUCGCUUGUUUUAUUCUCUCUGCAGAUAAUCUCUCCUUGGCAGCUAGAUACAGCUCCACCCAUGUCCGAACCAAUUCCAGAGUCCGUUCCCACCUCGGCGGAUCCGCGCUCAAAGCGGCCUACCAAGCGCCGAGUCAUGACACCUUCGAGUGCGCAGGCCUCAUCUGUAGAAGCACUAUUUGCCAAGCCAGAUCGUGAGAUCACCGUUCCCGGUGGACCAAAGCCGAAAACCCUUGCGCCUCCGCCAGAGAUUGUUGCCAACGUGCAAGGAUCAAGUGCUGGUGCCGGCUCAGGUGAAUUCCACGUGUAUAAAGCAAGCCGGCGAAGAGAAUACGAGCGUCUCCGAAUGAUGGAUGAUGAAGUUAAACGUGAGAAGGGAAACGAAGACUUUGAAAGACAGCGAGAGGAGAUGAAAGCCAAGGACGACGCAAAGACGAGCAAAAACAAGGCGCGGAGAGAAAAGCAAAAGGCUAGAAAAACAAAGGGUAAAACGGAACCAGCGAAGGGUUCGGAUUCAUCUGCUCGGGCAAAGGCGAAUGGUGUGUCUGGUUUGCCAGCAGCUGAGACAAUUACAGCGGAGUCACCUGCCUCUGGGGCCCACCUCGCGUCGACAUCAGACAACCCAAAUCCCGAGGAGAUAGGCAUUAUCAUUCAUGACGAUGACUGAAAAGCCGCACGCGGUUUGAGCGAAAGGAGCUAUCCGCGGUUGCUAUUGUUGGAUGAUUCCCACUGGUUAAUUGCAUUCAUAUGGCGUUUGGGCUCAGGCAUGAGUACGGGAGGCAAAAGCAAGUAAAUUUAAGUUUAUUCCGAAUGGAUCUAUAUUUUCGGGAUACCCGAAGGUGCUUCUCCCUUUGCAUACAUCUCAGCAUAUCAAAAUCCAAAUCCGUUGGUGAUCUACCGUGAAUCCUACAAUUCAAACUCUUUCUUUCCGAAUGUCCAAGCUCAAUAACGUCUCAUAAUCGCAUAUACCCAGCUACUGAACGUUGCCCCAGACACAA